GCGCAGGCGCGCUCAGCCUCUCGCCGUCUUCUUCGCAGCGACUGAGGCGCUUCUCGCUGAGGCGGCGGCGGCGGCGGCAACCGAGCCGGGCAGAGGCUCUCCCGAGGCGCGGCGCCAUGUUCCGGCGGAAGCUGUCAGCGCUUGACUACCACAACCCGGCCGGGUUCAACUGCCGAGGUGAGGCGGCUAGGCCCAAACUCUCGUCGGCGCCUUUCCUCUCCGUCGUGGCCGGCGGCUCGCCCCGCAGCGCGCAUGCGUGCGCACGUGCUCCCCUUAGCGCCGCCCCGUGGCCGUCUUGGCCACGCCCCUUGGCGCCUUUGGUCUUCUUCCUCUCCCCCUGCCCCCAUCCCAGCUCGGUUCACACGUUACUUUGACUCGCGUGUGCUGUGCUCAAUUCACGCACAUUAAUAAUAUUUAUUUAUUUAUUUAUUUAUAAAUAAAUAAAUAAAUAAAUAAAUAAAUAAAUAAAUAAUUUAAUUUAUUUAUCCCCAGCCACUCUAACCCUAACCUAUUAAACAUUAAAAGCUUCCCUAAACAGGGCUGCCUUCAGAUGUCUUCUAAAAGUUUGGUAGUUGUUGUUCUCUUUGACAUCUGCUGGGAGGGCGUUUCACAGGGCGGGUGCCACUACCGAGAAGGCCCUCUACCUGGUUCCCUGUAACCUCACUUCUCGCAAUGAGGGAACUACCAGAAGGCCCUCGGCGCUGGACCUCAGAACGAUGGGGGUGGAGACGCUCCUUCAGGUAUACUGGACCGAGGCCUUUUAAGGCUUUCAAGGUCAGCACCAACACUUUGAAUUGUGCUCGGAAACAUACUGGGAGCCAGUGCAGAUCUCUCAGGACUGGUGUUAUGUGGUCUUGGCGGCCGCUCCCAGUCACCAGUCUAGCUGCCGCAUUCUGGAUUAGUUGUAGUUUCCGGGUCACCUUCAAAGGUAGCCCCACGUAGAGCGCAUUGCAGUAGUGCAAGCGGGAGAUAACCAGAGCAUGCAACACUCUGGCGAGACAGUCUGCGGGCAGGGAGGGUCUCAUCCUGCAUCCCAGAUGGAGCUGGUAGACAGCUGCCCUGGACAAUUAUUAUUAUUAUUAGUAUGCACCUAAUUUAUUAUUAAUGUUGCAAUACAUACCGUAUUUUUUGCACCAUAACACUCACUUUUUUCCUCCUAGAAAGUAAGGGGAAAUGUCUGUGUGUGUUAUGGAGGGAAUGCCUACGGGUGGCAGGGGGGAUCUGCUGCAGUUGUGAGCAGAGGAUCCAUGGUUCCCCUUCCUUCCCUCCUCCGUGGCUCGCUUUGCUGUUUCAAAGCGGGAGAAGAGCCGCUGAGUGGGGAGGAGAGAGGGACAGAGAGCCUGCUUGCUUUAAAGGAGCAAAGCGGGAGAGGAGAGGAGCCUUCUCCCCUUAUACCCCUGUUCUUCAUUAUUAGCAGCAUCCUUCUCCACCCACCCCACGCGUGCUCCUUGUCCCUUGAGUGCUUUUCCUUCCCUCCCCACUUAAAACGUGGUUACAAAGCAUGGAUCCUCAGGAUUUUUGCAUUGGGCUACUCCAAACUCACUGUCAGAUCACAUGUCUGUGGCCACAGCAUGAACCACAAAAAUCAUACAUCCACUGUUUCAUUUAGAAUAUUUUUUUUCUUGUUUUCCUCCUCUAAAAACUAUGUGCGUGUUAUGGUUGGGUGCGUGUUAUACAGCGAAAAAUACGGUAUAUUAAAUCUUUACAUAUUGAUACAUAUACGUUAUAGUCGUAAAUUCAUAUUUUCACAUUUCAUUAUGCACUAUCAUUUAUCCAUUUCUUAUUUCUUGCCCUGUGUCUUCCCUCCACCCGUGUGUGACUUCCUUGUUAUUAUUUUGUAACUUUAUUAUUGAGAUUGUAAUUUUGUAUCUUAAUAAAUAAAUAUUCAAUCUUAUAUAUCUGCUUAGCUUAACUUAACUUCCCUGUGUGGUGCGCUCAGUGGUCAGUCGAGGGAAGUGCUCUGAUACAGUUUAUUGUUAUUAUUAUUAUUAUUAUUAUUAUUGCUAUUGGAUGGUGCAUGCUAUAAUUAUAGUAUUGGAAUGUGAUUUUUUUGUAUGUUGUUAUAUUUCCUGUUGUUUUGUUAGGUUAUGAAAUUGUUUCUGUGUUAUUUUGCUAUGAUAUGAAAUUGUUUUUGUAGUGUUUGUUUGAAAUGAAUCUGUUUCUUUGUUGUAAGCCAAUUUGAACAUGUUUUUUGGGUGCAAAAGCUGCAUACAAAUAAAAUGAAUGAAUGAAAUGAAAUACAUUUUCUUUUAAUGUGUUCAAGGGUCUUCUGGUACAUCCUCUGUUAGUCUGCUUUGUUUUCUUUAUGCAGUUCACCCUUCAGCCCAGGGCUUUCCAAACUGUGUGUCGCAACACGUUAAGUGUGUCAGCUGCUGUGCGUGGGGGUGUCACGCAAACGCUCCCUGCUUUCCUGGAAAGGGGUUAGUUUAACCUCCGGUUUGCUAAUAAAACUAAAUUACAAAAUGAUGCUUGUCUAAAAAGUGUGUCACCGACAUGAAAAGUUUGGAAAGCUCUGUAGUGGCAUAAAUCCUUGGGUGGAUUCAAUGACUUGGGAUAGACUUUGACAUCACCAAUGUGACUUUAUUAAUCUGUUAUCACAGAUGAAACUGAAUUUCGAAACUUUAUUGUUUGGCUUGAAGACCAGAAAAUCAGACACUACAAAAUUGAAGACAGAGGGAAUCUGAGAAACAUCCACAAUGCUGCAGAAUGGACAAAGUCCUUUGAAAAGGUAGUACUUCUUGAAACCUUAGUUGAUGCUAACAGUUAUUAUUUCCGGUCUGGAAAUGCUUAUCAGUGUGAUCUGUCAGUGGCAGCUCCUGCCCCAAGACCCUUUGCUGUGAACAAUGUCACAUGACCAUGUUUGUGCUUCUGCAUUCCUUUGCUUUCUUGCAGAGGCAAAAUGCCCAAUUCACCAUUUCUUUGAGAACAUAAACAGAGCUGUGCUGCAUUAGGCAAAAGGGACCAUCUAGACCAGGCUUUCUCAACCUGUGGGUUCCCAUAUGUUGAACUACAACUCCCAUCACCCCUAGCUAGCAGGGCCAGAGCUCAGAGUUGAUGGGAGUUGUAGUCCAACAACAUCUGGGGACCCACAGGUUGAGAACCGCUGAUCUAGACCAUGGGAAGGCAAACUAAGGGCCGGGCCAAUCGCCUUCUAAAUCCGGCCCGUGGACAGUCUAGGCAUCAGCGUGUUUUUUACAUGAGUAGAAUGUGUGCUUUUAUUUAAAAUGAAUCUCUGGGUUAUUUGUGGGGCAUAGGAAUUCGUUCAUUCCACACACACACACCCCAAAAAAUAUAGUCCGGCCCCCCACAAGGUCUGAGGGUCAGUGGACCGGCCCCCUGCUGAAAAAGUUUGCUGACCCCUGAAGACAGCAUCACUGUGGCCAGACAGGUACCCCAAUUGGAAACCCAAAAGCAGGGCCCAAAUGCAAGACCACCCUCCCCUCCAGCAGUUCCCAGCAGCUGAUAUUCAGAAGCAUUUAUUGCCUCUGACAACAGGUGUAGAACAUACCCAUCAUGGCUUGUAGCCAUUGAGAGCCUUUUCCUUUAUCUGUGUUAGAUUUAUAUCCCACCUUUCUUCCAUGAUGAAGUUCAAGGUGGCAUAGAUGAGGAUCCCAAGUGAUCACCCAUUCUGGCAUUGGCCAGGCGUGUUUAGCUGCAGACAAAUUGUUGCAGGCCCAAGGCAAGGGUGUGGUUUGUGUAUGCAGUUUGUGUGUUGGCCCUUACAAACAGAUAAAUGUUAGGUUUACCCAGGCGAGGAGGAGCAGCAGCAGCAGCAAUUUUCUAUUUCUGCCCCCCUCCUCAAUUCCUUAGUGCUACCCUCCAAGUCAAGAUGCCCAUUGCCUGGGAAGCUGCUCUCCCAGACAAACCUGCAGUGUUUGUUAAUUUCUUAUGAAUCAUCGAAGGUUCUUAGCUCAAUCUUCUUCUUAUUUUUCACAGUACCUUAAAGAUGUGAAUUGUCCCUUCAACAUCCAAGAGCGACAAGAAACAAUUGACUGGCUUUUGGGACUGGCAGUCAGGCUUGAGUAUGGGGACAACGGUAUGUUUGACUUUUCACUCUCCCUUGUCUUCAAAGGCAGUAUAGAUCCCUUUCCUUUGCAGUUCUGUUUUUCAAGCUGAGCCAGAAAGAGGCCAGAAAGCACGUGCCAAUUAACAAUGUAAUUUACUCUUAAUUUGUGGCUGUAGUUUUUUAAGGUGCAUAAAGGGAAUACUCCUUUAUUUCAUUCCAAGGCUAGAGUCUUUAAAAGGGCAACACCUUGCCUCAGAGUGAGUGUCGUUGAUCUCAAUAAAAUGUGCCUUAGGGAGAAAAGCCCAGGAUUGUGCUGUAACUCUUCUGUUACGGCUUAAGCCUUAUUUCUUACUUUCUCAGUUGCCCGAACAGUGUUGAAUCUCGUGCCAUUGCUGCAAGAGGUGUAGGGUGAAGGGAACUCACACAAGGCGACAUUAAAAGAUAAAGGAGUCUGAAUGCGGAGAGACUUCACAUGUCUAUAUCGCUUGGAAGUUAGCAGGAUUCAGUCGCUAGGCAUCAGCGAGGCCACGAAAGCUAGAGGCUCAAGCACACCCAAACUUUUCCAGUUCAGAAUAAGUCUGUUGUGUAAGGCUGUAAUCUUGAACAAAUCAAUUUGGAAGCCACCUGAGUUCUGUCAUCAUCAGUGGGACAUUGGCUUGAGAGAAGUGGGCUUGAGAGUCCAGAGAUUUUUGACUCAUAGUUUUGCCCUUGAUUAUGCGCAAGCCUGAGUUUUCUAUCACACUCAGUUACUGCAUGUGACAGACACUCAGGAUUGGGAGCCUGGCUCUCUGUCAAAUAGCUGCAAGGGGGGAAACAUGAACUCUUUCCCUGCCCCCAAUAGCUUUUUCUCUGAAACCACCACCCCAGCUAUUGCUGUUGGGGUUUUUUUAACCUGGCCAGCCCACGGAAUCCAGGGUUUGCAAGGAACAGCAAAAGAGAGUAGAGGAAAGUUUUAAGGGCACAUAAAUUCCCUUUGUCUGCCUGCCAGUUCUCCACUUUGCCAGUUUGCAACUCUUUGCUGAUACCCACAUUGGGUUCUUUGCCAAAUGUAUAGUUUUGGCCUCACGUUUCCCUGCGUUUGGGCCGUGCUUCUCAGUUUCCUGCAUUGUUCAGAAAAUCUGUUGUUUUCUUUCCAUGUUCAGCUGCUACUUAAGUGUCAUCACUUUUAUUAGCAAUUGACAAGCUUCUGACGCGAAGGCUGCGGGCAUCUUGGACAGCUGCUGCCGUUCUGUGCACAAGCUGUUCUCACGGAGAAGAAUAGUUCAGUGCCUGUUUCCUUUGUUGGCCUGGGGCUGCUUCCUUUCAUUUUUAGCUCAUCCAUAGUCCUCUAAAACCCCUUUGUCACUCACGGGCCAGAACGGCUUUUGUUUCAACAGCUGACAAGUAUAAGGACUCCACGCCUGAGGGGGCGAAGAACGCAGACAAUGCAUCUAAAAAUGCAGAACCCCUCAUCAACCUGGAUGGUGAGUGAAAAAGCCACUGUAUUUCAUGCCGUGAAACAGGAGAGUGUCUCCAGGGCCAAAUUCCCUUGGGGGUUGGUAAUCUUUCAGGACUUGCAUGCAGGCAGUGGGUGGGGCCGAGGCCAGCGGUGGGAGGGGCCAGGGCCAAAAGUGGGCGGGACCAUCCUUUCUCCCCACACACCUUCCCCAGGCUGCCAGGAAAGGGAUAAAUCGCUUUUACCAAAGGUCUGAACACCAGGAGAUCCCCUCCCCGCCAAUUCCUUCAAUUGCUCCAUCCAUCUCCGCUUUCUUCCGGGCUUUCCCCACCUGCAUGAAAUUAGGCUAAGAGCCACAGGUUCCCCCCUCUUGCUGUAAAAGGUGGCACCUGGAUUAAGCAAUUCCAAAGAAAAUUUCAUGCUGUUAUUAUUUUCAAGGGGAAUCAACUUGUGUGUGUGCGUGUGCUUUUCCACAGUAAACAACCCUGACUUUAAGGCUGGUGUGAUGGCUUUGGCGAACCUCCUUCAGAUCCAGCGUCAUGAUGACUAUUUGGUGAUGCUCAAGGUUAGCUCAUUAGCAGCCUGUUCUUUCUUCAUAAAUACAAACUGCAGUAGAUUAAAAGUGGUUUUUAAAAUGGUUUGUACAAGCAUGCUGACCACUCUCCUUCCCCCAAAAAAGAUGCUAAACGUGUUAAUUUUUUUAUUUUAAUUGGUAGCCUAGAAUGAGUUUGGGGUGAGAGGUUUUGAAGAGGAAGGGGACUUGUAGGGCAUAUUGUCCAGCCUCUGUCCUUCACCCUUUACGAAUCACUGACGCUUUCGAAAGUCCUCUCUUUAGCUACUCCUGCACACCUUUCAGUGGCAGGAUAAUUACUUAUUCCAAUUACCAACUGCAUUUAAAGCUAGGAAACCAUUCCUAAUGUUGAUCUUCACGCUACCAUCCUGUCAUUGAAAGGGGUGCUUAAACAUAUAUUUUAAAAAACUUCCUGCCAUAAGAGCAGUUCAUCUAAGAGAGAGCUUCAGAAGUUUCCCAAGUAACUGACUCCCGAGUUGUGCAUCUCAGGCCAGUGUGUGUUUACUCACAAGUAAGCCCUGCUAGCUUCAUUCUGUGGGACUUACUCAGGAGUAAAUGUGCUGUGGCCCGGCUCCUGCUUCAGGUAAAUGUAGGUUUGCUGUGAGGUGGGUGGCCCUUGCAUUGAGGCUCCUGGUCUCUGCCCUCGGGGAGACUCCAGCUUGACAAUAUUUUUGUCCCUUCUCGACAAGUCAGCCCCUUUUCCAUAGUCAACGCUGAAAUCCAUGUGGUAUUUAAAGGCAUGUUUCAAGGUCCCUCCAAAGGUAAAGGCCCCCACAACUCCGAGCUCCCCCUGACCCAAAGCCAGACUUGGGUCAAAACAUCCCUGCAUAGGGGGGGUCUAUCCAGCCCCCCGUCUCCAAGCCAAACUGGACUCCAUCUCUCCAAAUCUGACUUUUUCCAGGUUCAUUCAUCGAAUCCAACAACUCAUAUUCCUGCUGGGCCACAGUUCCCUCCAUCUCUGCCACCCGAGGUCCAGCAACAACCUCCUCCCUCAUCUGAUCUGUCAAAGCACAUUCCUGGAUUAAUUCCUGAGUGGGUUCUAUAUAGGUACCCACUGCCUGUCCAAAAUUUCCGAUCGCAACAGUCAUCAAAUCCAUCUUCGCAUGUAACUGUUCCAAUAAAGCACUUGUCUUGCAAAAGGCAAGCACCAGAGCCUCCGAGUACAUUCUUGUUCAAGGUCGAAGUCUGGUCCCACAAUCUAUUGCAGCUGCAAAGCUCCCCAGUUCGGUUUUAAUAACAGUUUCACAAGCUCCCUCUAGGGGAAACAAUUUCUAUUUGUAUCCAUCUUUUUUUUAAUUUUUUUAAAGCAGAUCUAGCAACAAAGUUUUCCUUUUUCAGAUAUUUUGUCAAUAUUUUGUUCCUUUUAAAUGCGAAGGGAACAAUGGAAUCAAUAUGUUUCUCUUCUUUUAACUAUCUGUCAAAAAUGUUUGUCCAUAGUCAAUGAACUUCCCCAGAACGUCUGUCCUGACACCCCGCUCCCAGGUUCAAGACGGUGGAAAAUUGCCUUUCUUUACUCUCUCUUCUGCAGGUUUAAACAGUCUAAAAAAGGUUCCCCCCUCUUCUCCUGCUUCCAAGGGGGGUUCAGUAAUUUUAAAUGAUGAAUAUUUGAUCCUUUACAGACGACUUUCUAAACUCUAGCUUGCCGUGUCUUUGCUUCAAUCUAUCUACAAAAGCGGAAGGCGGACUUCCUGUUUAGACCUUCCCGCUUCAGUCCCAAAUUAAAAAAAAAUUCUUAAUCGAAUUUUCCGUUCUACUCACGGGCAGUUGUUUAAAAUCCAGUUGUCCACAGGAAAACGUCAGCGCUCUCCGGCAACAGCAAUGCGGCUUCACUCCGUGAAAGAAGCAGUCGAUUCAAAGCACCGCGCCACUCACCCCAUGUUACUCCGGAUCCCCGAAAACCGGGUUUCCCCGCAAGGUGCCAGCCGAAUCCCAUGUCCACAGGCUUCUCCCGCCUGUGGUUUUUAAUGGGUCUCCGCCUCGCCGUGGCAGUUCAGACCCUGUUUUCCACGGAGCGGAUUCCUCCCGAUCGGAGGAAAUCCGCCAUUGCCAGAGGUGCCAACCCGGAAGUCCCAUUUUUUCCACACUCUAAAUCAUCCCUCUGCAAACUGGUUUUCCCUCUGUAGGUUCUGGGUACACGUGGAAAUACAGCAGGUGGGGAAAUGUACAUCGCCUCUUGGUCACUCACAGUCACCUCAACCAUGAACAAAUGCUGUCGUCGGGAUUUUUUAAAAUGCACGUUUACUGUUUGUGACAUCUUGUUUGGCCUGAGAGGCAGCAGCUUAAGGGGCAAGAGCUUUUGUGCCUGAAAAAUCUCACCCGUUAUUUCCUCACUCCCACCUCUGCUCCCAGGAGCUACUGCAGAAUCAAAUAUGGCCAAGUGGAGGAAAAGGAAAGGGAGUGUAUUCAAAUACUAGGGUCAGUUGAAACAAAACUUGGCCACCUCUUAGGAAGGCACAAUCUUCGAAGACAGCGCUGACUUUUUUUGGUGUAAGUUCUUCACAGUAAGGAUCUCCCUCGCCCCUUCCAGUUUAGGCACCAUAUGCCCUGAUCUCAUUGCAUCAUUUGCCACCGUAUGUCAUGCUGGCUUCUGUAAGCUCUUCCAGAUCAUCCUGGGCCAGAGGGAUCCCCCAGCACUUACAUGGGCUUUCGCCUUCUUUUUCCUUCCCAGGCAAUUCGCAUCUUGGUUCAGGAGCGUUUGAGUCAGGAGGCUGUUGCCAAGGCAAAUCAGUCCAAAGAGGUAUGUCUAACUCUCUGUCUCUGUACAGCCGGUGAACCCUUUGCCUCAAUUACGGCCACUUUCAAUGGCUUGAAAGCCCUCUACGUUAAUAAAGCUGGCAGGGUCUGAAACCAGCAACAGCCCAGGCGAUCCUGCGCAGAAAGGAUGCAGAGAGAAGGCCGCCUUUCAGAAGUAGCCACAUUACAUGACAGUUACCUUAAAUGAAAAGCACCUCUUUUCAGAGAGGUGCCUUCUACACCUCUAAACAUAGUAAAGGUAAAGGGGCCCCUGACCAUUAGGUCCAGUCGUGGCCAACUCUGGGGUUGCAGCGCUCAUCUCGCUUUAUUGGCCGAGGGAGCCGGCGUACAGCUUCCGGGUCAUGUGGCCAGCAUGACUAAGCCGCUUCUGGCAAACCAGAGCAGCGCACGGAAACGCCGUUUACCUUCCCGCCGGAGUGGUACAUAUUUAUCUACUUGCACUUUUGAUGUGCUUUCGAACUGCUAGGUUGGCAGGAGCAGGGACUGAGCAACAGGAGCUCACCCCUCACGGGGAUUUGAACUGCCAACCUUCUGAUUGGCAAGUCCUAGGCUCUGUGGUUUAACCCACAGUGCCACCCGCGUCCACACCUAUACAUAGUUGGUGUGAAUGAGCUAAAAGCACUCAGAAACUCCUGUGGCACAAGCUGCUUUUAGCAGCUCAUGGAUUUGCAUAGGAGUGCCAUGGGCACAGCCCCUCUCCAGAGCUGUGGAGCUAAAUAAAUGCCGUAUUUUUCCGUGUAUAAGACUAGGUUUCCCUCCCUAAAAAAUAAUGUCAAAAAUUAGGGGGCGUCUUAUACUCUGGGCCAUCUCCCCCCAUUUUCUUAAAUCUGAGUCACCCAAAAUAGGGAGCAUCUUAUACACGGCGUCUUACAGAUGGGGAAAUAUGGUAGUUCUGUAAUUGAACAAAAGGAUUGCUGGAAUUAAUGCAUCCAUGAAAAUAGUCAGACCAGGGGCGCAGCAGGCAGCCCACAGCGGAGUGCAUUCAGAGAGGGAAGAGUCACACUGUGUUCUGCUGUUUUAACAUCUCUUACUGAGAUCAGCCGCUGGCAGAGUAGGUGGAGGUCAGCUGAUAAAAUUCUUCCUAGGCAACUCAGUGGCUGCUGAGCAGCUGGCUGCGCUCAGAGACCACAUUGCCGAUUAAUCUCGCUUGACAGGUUCCCUCGUGGCAACUUGCCCUGUGCGAGAAUAAUGCCAGAGCCCUUCUCUUGUCUCCUGCCUGAGACCACCAGACCCAUGAUCCUUGGGCGGUAGCAGCGAAGGCUAUGAGCCCGAUGCAGUAGAUUAGCUGGAAAUUAGCUGAUAAAGGGGAACCGGUUUUAAUUGGGGAAGAUGUUGGGUUUUUUGCUUCUUGCUGUGAAAUCGCACGUGGCACUUGUAACAAGUAGGGGUACGUACGUGUGGUGUUUUGACUUGCAAGUCCUCUCUAGCUUCCGUAUCUUAAAAGCUGCGGGGGAAAUCACAAAUCACCUCUCAGCUCCAGCUUGCAGACUUCCAAAAGGCAUCUGUGAGAAUAGGCCAUUGGAAGCAGAAGUGAGGAAAUGCUGGUCAUCAAAGUAGCUAGCAACUGGAGCGUCUUAUUUUAGGAUUUGCAGGACUUGAGUUGAGUAAAUGGAAUCAACAGCACUGAUGACUUGGAUAGAUUCGGUUGUUGAAGAGAAGGCAUAACACUUUUCUCCCUUUUCUUUCCCCAAGGGCUUGCCUGUCACCUUGGACAAGCACAUUCUUGGCUUUGACACAGGAGGUAAGAGAGUGCGCUUCAAUAGAGCAAAUGUUCUUGGGGCGGGGGUUUCUGUGCACAUCCUUUGAAGAGACCAUGGUUUGCAUGCUUGGCAAGUUUGGAUGCAUGAUCAUCAUGUUGUGUGUAAGAUUGUCACAAAGCAUGUCGCACUUUCCUCUUGCCCUGCUGCGAACAGGAUUUGUAUUUUAAUCAGUGUCCUGCUGUUACCAAGAACUGUUAGGGAGCAUUGAGUCGCCAGCCUCCUCUCAUCCUUACAUACUUGGGAGAAGAUACUCUCUCCGUGAGAGUAACUUACUAAAACUAUUUCAAUUAAAUUAGUGGAGAGAACGCUUCAAGGAGGGCGUAAUCCGUAGUCCUGGGUCAGGGCUAGCCCUCCUUUGGAGGCACAGAACACCUGGGAAAAGGGUAGUUUAUGGGGGAAAUAGGAACCCAAGGGAACGGGAGCAUAUUUCCUGUUUCUUUUCCCCCCAUCCUGCCCAAGGCAGGGCAAGUUGAAGACCUCUCUAAUCAGUGUUGGAUUUGUGAUGGCAUCUCGCCCCGAUUUAGGGAGAAGGGAGCCCAGGAAGAGCUAGUUCCAGAAAGGAGUGAGUGUGAUGCCCUUCUCUCUCCCGCUUUUAAAGCCAGUGUUGGAUCAGUGCCCCUCCCAGCUCCUCAAAUGCAUGGGAACCAUGUAAGGAGAUGCCACUGUGUUCACCUGCAACUGGUGGAGAAACACCGACCUAGAGAGGCGUGUUCACAAGCCAGAGUUCAGCCCCUGAGAUUUUACUCGCCUUCCUGGUAUGGGAUGCUGCACUGGCGCUCUGCCCGUCUUUUGGGAGCUGGGCACCAGGGGAUAUGGGGCCUUUGCUAGCCAAAGAAGCCCUGCAGUCCAUCCAGGUGUGUCUUUCCAUUAUCACCCAGCCUCAAGCUGGCAACCCAGCCAGAUGGGCAGGGAAUAAAUAUUUAAACUAUUAUUAUUAUCCUUGCUUUAGUUCACUCUGGUGCUCUGUGGCAGUGCUACAAUUUGUGGACAUCCAGUUUAGCAUGGAAGGGUACUUCUUCACACAGCGCUAAAUAAAUUAUGGAAGAGGUAGAGAUGGCCAAAGUUGGAGGACUUUAAAAGAAUAAGGCUGUCAAUGGUUGGGUUCCCUCUACUGUCGGAGGCACCAUUCCUCUGAAUAGGGAGGUUUUUAAUGUCUGAUGUUUUAUCACUCUUUUAUUAUUAUCAUUCUGUUGGGAGCUGCCCAGAGUGGCUGGGGAAACCCAGCCAGAUGGGCGGGGUCUAUAUAAUAAAUUAUGAUGAUGAAUAUCAGUGGCUGGGAAUAACAGUGGGGAGAGCAUUAUUGCACUCACGUCCUGCUUGCGAGCUUCCCAUUGGGGCACCUGCUUGGCCACUGUGAGAACAGGAUUCGGCCCUAGACUGGCCUUUGGCUAGAUCCAGAAGCAAAGCUCUUCUUAAUGUCGUUGUCUGUAAGGCUCUCCCAUAUCGGUCUUUACAGCCACAGCAAGUUCUGUAACCUUCCCGCAGUUUGCCUUCACCCCCAAAGGUGCCGUCCUCCAUUGUCUCCCGAGAGAGACGGAUGCAAGGGUUGCUUCAGCUGCUCUUGGCCUGAGGCAUCAUCAAGCCCCCUUGUCUUGUAGAAGAAAGAAAGUUAGUUUCAGGGCAGCUGACUGAGCUUAAGCACUUAGGGCUCGGCUCCAAAAGUAAUGGCGAACUAAAGCUUGAUCAGCCCUUUCCUUUUCCUCUUCCCUUCUGCCCCAGAUGCCGUUCUCAACGAGGCCGCCCAGAUCCUCCGCCUACUGCAUAUAGAAGAGCUCCGCGAGCUGCAGACGAAGAUCAACGAAGCCAUCGUAGCGGUCCAGGCGAUUAUUGCCGAUCCAAAAACUGACCACAGACUGGGCAAGGUGGGGAGAUGAGCAAGCAGGCAGGUUCCUGGCUCCCCAGCUGCUGCUGCUGCUGCUGCUGCUGCUGCUGCUGCUGGCCUCGCCCUUCGGGGAACUCCUCCAAGCUGAACCUCGCAUGCAGUUGAGAAAAAAAGGAUACGGCUGCCGUGUUUGGAAAGAAAACAAGGGCAGCUGCCAGCACAUCCGCUCCAUAUCAUUUUUUUCUUUACGUGAAUAAAAGCUUGGAUUAAACCGA